UGGUCAAUUAAGAAUAAUGGUUAAUUAACAACAUAAAGUCUAACAACAAUGGCUACUAGUAAUAAUGGAACAUAUGGUGGUUACAGCUACAAUUUUGUGACUUGUGAUCCUCCUGAUGAGUAUCUAUGCCAUAUCUGUACACUGGUAGCACGGGAUCCUCAACAAGUUACCUGCUGCUCCAAUAUAUACUGUAAGAGCUGUCUGGAUACACUAAAAGAGAAGGGCCAAGGGUUUAUCUGCCCAACUUGUCGUAGCUCACUAGAAGGAAAGUACUUUAAAGAUGGAAGAGUAGAAAGGGGAAUAAAGUCACUUAAAGUUUAUUGCACUAACACUGAUAGUGGGUGCCAAUGGAUGGGGACUAUUAAGAAUAUUGAUACUCAUCUUAAUAGCUGUCCCUAUCAACUGGUACCUUGUACUAAUGAGUGUGGAGAGAAGAUUAGGAGAAGUAAACUGGAGAUACAUCUGACAGACAACUGUACUAAACGAAUGGUUAACUGUCAGUAUUGCAAGCAAAGAGGCACAUACCAACUGAUAACAAGCAGCAGCCAUUUUGAUGUGUGUCCUGACCUCCCAAUCCAAUGCAGUAAUGAUGGUUGCAAUGAGAAGAUAUUGAGACAUUCACUAGCAUCACACAAUGAGACCUGCCCUAAAGCUAUCGUACCAUGUGAAUACAAUACUGUUGGAUGUAAUAAAAAAAUGAAGAGAGAAGAACAAGAGAAGCACAAUGAAGAAUCAAUGAAACAACAUCUUGAUAUAGCAAUGAAGAAGAUCGAUGCUCUACAGGUCACAGUGCUACUUCCAAGAAAACAUGUCUUGAAGUUAAAUCAAUACACACAGUUGAAAGAAGAAGAAGAGGAUUGGUAUAGCCCAGGCUUCUACACAUCUGCAGGAGGAUAUAAAUUCUCAUUAUGUGUCCACCCUAAUGGUAAUGGAGAUGGUGAAGGUACACACGUCUCUUGCUAUAUAUGUCUCAUGGCAGGAGAAUAUGAUGAUACAUUGGAGUGGCCAUUUCAAGGAGAAGUUACUAUAGAACUACUGAAUCAACUGGAGGAUAAGAAUCAUAAGAAAGAUACUGUAGCAUUUGAUGAAUCAACAGAUGAUGAUUACAAACAAAGAGUAACUGAAGAAGAAGAAGGUGGUAUGUAUAUACUGGGAUGGGGUAUACAUCAAUUGAUAUCACAUUUUGAAUUAGAGUAUGAUGCUCCUACUAAUUGUCAGUAUCUUAAAGAUGAUAGUCUGUACUUCAGAGUCAGUGUAAAGGUUACAUCAAUAACAAAGCCAUGGCUGACAUCUGCUAUAUAAUGCUAUUAGUACAAUAACUUAAUUAAUAAUACAUAAUUUAUUACAUGUAAGUUGCUAAAAGUACUGUAAUUGAUAUUCUGUUUUUGGUUAAAAUUGUCAUGUUAAUGCAUUUAAUUAAUGGUUUGUUAUGGCUGAA